AUGGACUCUACGCAGGAUUCUACCCUCCCCUCGCUUUCCUUAGCCGGCGGUGCUUCCGUCUCUGUCUCGACGCCCGCUGCUCCGGUCGUCCCCUCCGCUCCGUUGGCACCCCACCCGACCCAGAUCGACGCCGCGAUCCACGAACGUCUGUUGAGGGAUUACAAGCGACUCAAAGUGCGCGUCGACGUGUUGGACAAGGAGAACGAGGGGUUGAGGGCCAGUCUGUGGGAGUUGAGUUGGAGGUGGGGCAAGAGGGAGUCCAAUCACAAAGCCAAGCAGCAACAGCAGCAGCAGCAACAACAGCAUCAAGAAACGGUGAAUGAGUCCAGGUUGAGGGAUAUGACGCCCAAGCCAUCCAUGGCGGCUUUAGUACCAUCCUCAACACCGGAGGAAGGACCGGCCACGAUUCCACCGACGACGAGCGAAGGAUCGUUCAUGCGCCUCAACGAACCCGUGCAUCAAUCUCCGACGCCCAAUACCUCCACUUUGACGUGGCGAUCUCCGAGUCGACCUCCCUUGCCAAGUACACCUUCUUCACUGGCGGCUUCACUAUUCCCAACCCCGCCCUCGACCUCGACCUCUUCAAAACCACCGACCGAGAUGGGUCUAGGGUCCGGUGGUGGUUCCUCCUCUGUGUCUUCCAAGACCACGACUACGACCACCACCGCGGCAGCAGGAACGAUCGCCACCGCGGCCCAUGCUCCCCCUACCGCGUCCCAAGCGAUGCGCGACGCCUCGCUCAAGCGUGACCUCGACAUUUCCCUCCCCCACUCGCGCUCCUACUCGUCCCAUUCCUCCCGUCGCACGAGGCAAAGCUGGAAGUGGGGCAGGGCAUACGACUUGAAAGGUCAUCGAGGCGCGGUCUAUGCACUCAAGUUCUCAGACGGCGAGUGGGGAAACAGAGGCAGGGUUUUGGCGAGUGCGGCGUUUGAUGGCGUCAGACUUUGGGGCUCCAAGGAUGAGAUAGGGGCUGCGGGGACCCGGAGUGGGGAAGUUUCCGACGCAGAGCACGACGGGGAUGCCGAUCCCGACGGUGAUGGAGAGCAGGGGAAUGUUUGGGACGAUGGGGAUGUACAAGAGGUGAGGCUUGGGUGGACAAGUUCUGUAAAACACACCCCGCUGACUUCCGUCGUUCACCUCUUAGAUCAUCCACCUUUCUUCACACACCGCCCCUGCAUCGGACAUCGCGUUUCAGCCUUCGAUGCAACACGUCCUGUCGGGAGGCUACGACUCGCGUUUGUUCGUACACCCCCUCGGCGGUUCGCCUUCCUCCUCUACCCCAGAUUCCCCACUCCAAACACCCACAUCCCCUUUACCCCUUCACCGGUCCUCCUCCUUCGCCCCCAUCUGGUCCUUAGCGACAGAAGGUCUGGUUCAAUCCGUCAAUUGGUUGCAUCCUCAUGCAGCACAGGGAAGUGAGAGCGAACAGGUGUUCGUGUGGGGUACGUCGGGCAAGGUUCUAGGUGUGGGCGAUUUGAGGAUGGAUAAACCGGCGAUGGUGGUGAUGUGUGACGCGAUGAUCAAUUCGGUGUAAGUCUACGGUCAAUGAUCUGGGGCAACGGCCGCAUGUUAAUCUAGGAUUCGAUGGUUUCUCCACAGCCAAUCGUUCCGCCGAUCCCCCAACCUCCUCAUCGGCGACUCCUUCGGCUCCAUCCGCCACUUCUCCCUCCGCGCCUCGACCUUCCUCCCCUUCCCCGAAACCAACUCGACCACACCCUCGACAAACUCGACCGGGUCCAAGAUGACGAGUGGUAAAAAGGUAACUAGUUCGAUCUCGUGUUUGGCCUUGGCGCCGGAUUGGUAUGGUGGGGGCGGACAUGGUGGCAAGGGGAGGGAACCUAGGUGGAUGGCUUCAGUCGGGUUCGAUAAUCGUACGUCCUUGCACCGCAUCGCAUCGCUGCUAAAGCGGGCUCUCUUUCUACGAAUCGAGACUAAGGGCCUAAACUGUAAACUUCUUCUUCGACCACAGUUAUCAGGAUCUACGACCGUUCCUCCCACCUCGACCCAUUGAAACAAGCCCUGACGCCCCCUAAACUGAUCCAAACCCUCCGCGGGAAGAAUCGUAAUUGGCCUAUCAAAGUAUCCUUCUUUCAAGGCAGGGAAUACUCGGACAUCGUUUCGACGACAGGCAAAUCCAAGAGGGGUGCGGCGGGGUCGACGGGCCGGAGGUCGAGGGCUACUAGUUUCUCGAAUAGUUCUGCGGGGAGGAUGGCAGGACUUGGGCAUGGGCACGGGCUCGACGAAGAGGAGGAAGAGGACAGAAGACGAAGGGAAGGGGUUGAGGAAGGGAGUGGGGAAAAGGGGAAGAAGGGUUCUUCGGGUGGUGGGAUGGGAGGGGGGCAGAAGACGGAGGAAGAAGAUCCGAGACCGCGACCCUUGGAUGAAUCGCUUUUGAUCGCUGUAGGGUCCAGCGAUCCAGUGGUCCUGAUCUACGACCUGACGGGGCCUGUGCCUCCAUCUGGAUCAUCAACGAACGAAUCUGGAUCGACGACAACGUCUACCACGAUGGAGUCUGGGAGGCUCGCGCAGAGGUUAGAAGGGCACAAGGAUAGUGUUUACGCCGUCGAUUGGUUGCAGCCGAGGUAUGGGGAGCCGGACCGGGGUAGUUACCAGGGACAUGGGUUGUUGGCUAGUGCUGGGGGUGAUUGGGUCGUCAAGGUUUGGAAGCCGGUUUUUAAGGAUGAGGAUGAAUAG